UUUUCAUCCCAUUUGCUCUGUUUUUCAACUCUGAUCAUCUUCUUCUCCAUUCGUUUGAUUCAUUUUUUUUACUUUAGUCUUUUCUCAAGAAAGAAACGAUGUUGGCAAUAUUCAACAAAGGCGUGGUGAAUCCACCUCAGGAGCUCCAUAGUCCUGCUUCUUUGAGUUCAUCCAGAAAGCCGAAGCUCCCUGAACAGAUUUGCAAAGACUUUGUGCAGUCUCAUCCUUCAAACACAUGUCUGAUCAACUUUGGAAAUGAUGCUUCCCUUGCUUACGCACCUCUUCAAAAUCCUUACUCCACAUCACAAAGGUUGUUUUGUGGGAUAGAUAAUAUAUAUUGUAUAUUCAUGGGGAGCUUAAACAACUUGAGCAAUCUCAACAAACAGUAUGGAUUAUCAAAAGGGAGCAACGAGGCGAUGUUUGUGAUUGAAGCAUACCGGACACUUCGUGAUCGCGGCCCAUACCCUGCCCAUGAGGUCCUCAAGGAUCUUGAUGGUAGCUUUGGCUUUGUGGUUUACGAUAUCAAGGCUGGAAGCAUUUUUGCUGCACUGGAUGCCAAUGAAGGGGUGAGACUCUUUUGGGGCAUUGCAGGUGAUGGGUCAGUUGUCAUUUCUGAUGAUUUGCAAGUCAUCAAAGCAAGCUGUGCUAAAUCAUUUGCACCAUUUCCAACUGGGUGCAUGUUCCACAGUGAGCAAGGGCUGAUGAGCUUUGAGCAUCCAAGGAGUCAGAUGAAGCCAAUGCCUAGAAUUGACAGUGAGGGAGUGAUGUGUGGGGCUAAUUUCAAGGUUGAUGUUCAAUCAAGGAUGACCACCACCAUGCCACGUGUUGGAAGUGAAGCUAACUGGGCAUUGUCUGGCUCGCAUAUCUGAGUUUGAGUCCAAGGAGAUCGGAAAAAU